UAGUGACUGUGAAGCCCUGUUCGCGAACUGAUGCUGUCAGCCGCGCGAUCGAUGCAAAGGUUACAUUUUAUCCUAGCAUGUUACUUCAAGACGAAGACGCACUGCAGAGUUAGCUUGCUGAAAAAUAUCUGUUUACAAAAUGUGCAAAAUUAGAUUGACUGCCGUGGCUGUGUAGCAGGUGGCUGUUGGUGGAUGCAAGUUUGGGUUUUUGGAUUUGCACGGAUGCCCGUGUGUCUGUUUGCGCUCUCGCUAGUAAAGUGGCUUCAUGAGUGUCCAAAGUAACAGUGGAAGUGGUGGUGGAAGUUUGGAGGCGACGCCAUCUUGGUCGCAGCUAUCCUCGUCCCCAACGAUUAAUCAACAGCACAUAACGGCGAACGCCAAGACCAAGGAAGGCCCCAUGGAGGAGCUGCACAGCCUGGACCCUCGCAGGCAGGAGCUUCUGGAGGCCAGGUUCAUGGGCGCGGUCAGCGGCAACACCGUAGGAAGCACCGGCAGCGCCAGUGGGGGGGCCAAGGGUCUGGCCAACGAGUGCUCCAACAACAGCUAUGGCAGUUUGGGCUCCUCCAGUGACAAGGAGUCAGAGAACUCCGAUAUGAAGAGAGGGAGUUCUCCUGCAUACUCUACCCCUGAGAAGAAGCACUCUGAAUUGUCCAGAGGAAGGAAGAGGAAAGCUGACACCCAAUCUGAGAGCAGCCAAGGGAAGAAUUCCAUAAGGGGGCCCAAGAUCAGUGACUACUUUGAUUUCCAUGGGGGGAAUGGCUCCAGUCCAGUGAGGGCUCUACCACAGGUCCUCCGCUCACCGCAGAACUCACACCACGGAGCUCACUCCGCACCAGGCUCCAUCAUCCGACAGAACAGUUCCUCUCCCACCAGUCUGUGUUUCAGCGAUCACCUGAUGAACUACAAAGCCUCCGCCAGCAAGUGUGUGCAGACAGAGUUGACAGGUCUGAAGCUUGCUGCUCUGGAGAGCAACAAGAGUCUGGACCUGGAGAAGAAAGAGGGACGCAUUGAUGACCUGCUCAGGGCUAACUGUGACCUGAGGCGCCAGGUAGAUGAACAGCAGAAACUACUGGAGAAAUACAAGGAGAGACUGAACAAAUGCAUCACCAUGAGCAAGAAACUACUCAUUGAGAAGAGCACCCAGGAGAAACAGUCGUGCAGAGAGAAGAGCAUGCAGGACCGUCUGAGACUGGGUCACUUCACCACCGUAAGACACGGAGCCUCCUACACUGAACAGUGGACCGACGGAUACGCGUUUCAGAACCUUGUCAAGCAGCAGGAGGGUAUCAACCAGCAGAGAGAGGAGAUAGAGCGUCAGAGGAAGCUGCUGGCCAAGAGGAAGCCCCCCAACCCCUCCUCCCCCUCCCUCUCCCUAGCAACCACCUCUGAACCCAAACAACGCAAGACCAAGGUCGUCAACGGCAACGACCCCGACCCGUUUCUCAAACCCUCCCUGCCACAGAUGUUGACUCUGGCUGAGUAUCACGAGCAGGAGGAGAUCUUCAAGCUUCGCCUGGGACACCUGAAGAAGGAGGAGGCAGAGAUCCAGGCAGAGCUGGAGCGGUUAGAGAGGGUGAGGAACCUCCACAUCAGAGAGCUGAAGAGGAUCAACAACGAGGACAGCUCAUCGUUUAAAGACCACCCAACUCUGAACGAGAGAUACCUGCUGCUGCAUCUGCUGGGUAGAGGAGGCUUCAGUGAGGUCUAUAAGGCCUUUGACCUGUUUGAGCAGCGCUAUGCAGCUGUUAAAAUCCACCAGCUCAACAAGAACUGGAGAGAGGAGAAGAAGGAGAACUAUCACAAACAUGCCUGUAGAGAGUAUCGGAUACACAAACAGCUGGACCAUCCCAGAAUAGUCAAACUGUACGACUACUUCUCCCUGGAUACAGACACGUUCUGUACGGUUCUAGAGUUCUGUGAGGGGAACGACUUGGACUUCUAUCUGAAACAGAACAAGCUGAUGUCCGAGAAGGAGGCGCGGUCUAUCGUCAUGCAGAUAGUCAACGCCCUGCGAUACCUCAACGAGAUCAAACCUCCCAUCAUACACUAUGACCUCAAACCAGGUAACAUCUUGCUGGUGGAUGGGACUGCGUGUGGAGAGAUAAAGAUCACAGACUUUGGGCUGUCUAAGAUCAUGGACGAUGACAACUAUGGAGUGGACGGCAUGGACCUUACCUCACAGGGAGCUGGCACAUACUGGUACCUUCCCCCAGAGUGUUUUGUGGUGGGCAAGGAGCCUCCUAAGAUCUCUAACAAGGUGGACGUCUGGUCGGUAGGGGUAAUCUUCUUCCAGUGCCUCUAUGGACGGAAGCCGUUUGGCCACAACCAGUCUCAGCAGGACAUUCUUCAGGAGAACACCAUCCUCAAAGCCACUGAGGUUCAGUUCCCUGCCAAGCCCCAGGCCAGCACAGAGGCUAAGGCAUUUAUCCGGCGCUGUCUGGCCUACCGUAAGGAGGAUCGAUUCGACGUUCACCAGCUGGGCACUGACACGUACCUUCUCCCUCACAUGAGACGCUCCAACUCCUCUGGCUCUCUUCAGCCCGCCUCCUCCUCAAUCUCCUCCUACUGACGGGCUGAUGAACAUGACUGACAGGCCCACUGGCCAAUCCUGGAGCAGAAUUGAUCCUAGUAUGGGAAAUGGCAUGGCGUUGGGUUUUCAAAAUCCCCCGGACGCUGUGAAAGGAUCAGGAAUGUGAAUUUGUUUGGCUGAAUAGAAUGAAAUGGAUGACAGGUUGUGAGACGGGGAAAGAUGGAAAGAGAGAGAGGGAGGGGAGGGGGGGCAGAAGUGGAGACACUUUCAACGUUGCCAAGAAGCUUUGCAGAAACGUUACACUGUUGUGAUCUUGAACGUGAACCUGGUUUUGAGAGAGAGAGAGAUGGGGAGAGAGAUGAGGAAGAGGAAGCUCUACCCAUUUUGUAUGCCAUUGGACAGGCUGUGCCUGUUGCCAUGAGGACUUAAUAGAGUGGGGCUAGGCCACACCCCUUGCUUGUGCUGGACUGGGCUCUUAUUGGUGGAGAGGGAAACAAAACAAAAACAAAAAAGCAACAGAUGUUGUUUAGUUGCUGUUAAUUGGAAUCCCCUCGAGCAACAUUUAAACAGCCUCUCUACAAGGGACAGAAUCCCAUUCCCAAAUAGACCCCUAGCCUCUACUAUAGAAGGUACUUCAUGUAGAUCUAAAGGGAUUAGAUAGGUAUUACCAACGAUCUCCACCUUGCCCUCUGAUAGGCUAGGUGGAAUGUUCUCUGUAUUGCUUACACCUCUGCAGUCCAUUCAGAAUUAAUUAAUUUGUGCUAGAGGUCAAUUUGGGAUGGGGCUUGAGUCUACAAAGCAGAGCAGUAGAUCAGUUGGUUUCACUGACCCACAUUAAACCUACCAUUGGACUAAAUUGCACUCAAGAUGAUUUGGUUUCAUGGACAUAGCUUCUUGAAAUAGUCCUGGACUAACUAAGCUUCAGUCUCAGACUGUUGGCCAGAAGUAUGACAUCUAUGUUCAUGAAGUCACAUUUUUAGAUCUUGUAUCAAUAAUUAAACCUACUCCUGGAUGAAUAUAAUCUGGCUGUGUGAAAGAGGUUGGUUUUGGCCUGUUCCGAUCCAUACCUCAACAAGGUGCUGAGUGCCAGACUUGUUCAGGCAUUGAAGUCAUGUUUGUCAGAACACAAUGUACCCAUAUGAGGAUCAACUGUAUCGUAAAGAUUAAGGUUUCCAUACAGGAAUCCAUCUGAGGAAAUUAAAUGUACAUUUAAUGUGUAUAUGUGACAUAUCUGCAAUCUGUCUGUACAGAGGGUCAACACACUCAGGAUUUACUGAACACUCACCAGUGCCCGUUUGCACCUGUUUUCUCAAAGAAAUAAAAGACAGAAAAUGCCUAGAAACAUGAAAUUAUCUUACCACGUUGCUUUGUAAUUUUAUCGUUCUCUUAUUCUUUGUUUUACCUUCUGUUCACCCUUAAUGUUUUCUAUUAUCUGUGGGAAAUAACAGGUGCAAACUUUGAGCACAUGCAAUGGUCUAGUAAGUCUGACCCUUGGUUUCUCAUGUCUCCUUGUUUAUUUGUGCUCUGAAAGGUAUUUUUUGCUGCUAUAUAGAUGUCGCUUGUAGUUAGUUAAAAUCUGUAUGAUCUGCCUCAGGUACAGAUAGUGCAGACCUGUGCGAAGCGGAACACUCUAGGGUCCAGAAGUGUAUAGCCUACUCUUCAGGGGCCCUAUGAAGUGUUUCUGUGUGCCAGGAGAACCAAUAACUUUGAACUGUUUUACGACCGCAAUGUUUAUAGUCUGGAAACCAUGUGUCAUAUAUAAAGUUGUAUAAAACGGUUCAUAUGUGAAGGAAAAGCCCAGGUUGAUCAGGCUCUGUUCUGUUAAGUAACACUUUGCUUGAACCUCAGUCAUAAGGCCUGCAUGACACUGUCAUAACACUGACAUACGAGGUGUCAUAAUGAGUUAUUACAGCUGGUUUUAGUCUAUGGUAUGGCACAGUCAUAUUGGUUGUGUACCGAAUGUAAAGUGCUUUAAGUAUAGUGUUACCCAGUAUUCUUUAUAUUGGAAGACUGUGAGGAGCUUUGAACAGACAACACUUAUGUUACAAAAUGGGCUUAUAAUGAACAUCAUGGCAGAUAGGCAGACUGUAACAGAGGAGCCACAGCAGAUCUCAACACCAUGUAAACUGGUUUUAUCACUGUCUUAUACACACAGCACAGAUACAUGUCAGAUCAGAGAAAUGAAGGGAGGCAAUGUCAGGUCAUGUCAUUCAUAUGCAAUAAAGAUAGCCUUACAAGUCCUA